AUGGAAACUCCAUCCAAAAACGAGUUCCAGAUCGGCUGGAUAUGUCGGAUCGGUCAGCACCAUGUCGUGAUCGCGUGUCUGCCAGAUAGACAAUACGGGACUACUUCAGCCACCACAGUUGCCAACAAUAUGAUGCGAACGUUUAGUGUCUCGCUCCGCAUUGGGUUGAUGGUGGGCAUCAGUGGAGGAGCUCCUUCCGCGGAGCAUGACAUUCGCCUGGGUGAUAUUAUAGUCAGUCGCCCCAAAGGCUCUCAUGGCGGAGUUAUUCAACACGACAUAGGUAAGAUCGGUAAAGGCGGCAAAAUUCAACGCGUUGGGUCCUUGAAUAGCCCGCCCACGUCCUUGCUGAAUGCACUAGCUCAGAUGAGGGUAGCAGAACUAUAUGAGAAUCCUCAGUAUCCAGUUUACCUUCAAGAAGCUAUUAGAAGAAAUACACGGACACAAAAGACCUUCAGCCGCCCUGACGUCAAGUCGGACCGGCUAUUCAAAAUAGAGUAUGAGCAUCCUGAGAAUGCAGCGUCCUAUGAUCAGUGUUUGGUAGAGUGGGAGGAAGAUCGUAUCACCCGUGAAGACGGCGACCCACAAACACAUUAUAGAACAAUUGCAUCUGGGAAUACUUUGAUUAAAGACGGAAAGACGAGGGAGGCCAUCCGCAAGGAUACCGGUGCGUUGUGUUUUGAGAUGGAGGCGGCAGGCUUAAUGGCGGACUUUCCUUGCCUGGUAGUACGUGGUAUUUGCGACUAUGCUGACUCGCAUAAGAAUAAACAAUGGCAAGGUUAUACUGCACUAGCGGCUGCAUCCUUUACAAAAGAGCUGCUGGGCUAUGUGCCAAAAGGUGUAUCUCAAGAGAGCUUAGUUACAGAUAUCUGUCCUCUGCUUGAAGAUAUUAAGGAGGACUAG